UAGCCAAUAACAAGGAGUACGAGACCCACGUGGGAGAAGAGAAUGUUCACAAUAACCUGUACACAUUAUUCGAUUUAGCACAAGUAUUAGAUGGAUUCAAUUAAGAAGAAGAUGAUUACUCUCUCCGCAGCAACGGAAGAGGCGAAUACAAGGGCGGAGAGGUUUUCAGAAGAAACAAGGCGGAUAUGUGAAAUAGCGGACAGGUUUGAGGAGCAGGUUCGGAAUAUCCAGAAGAAGAUGCAGAGUAUGGAAGGACAGUUUGACUCCGCUACGGAGCAACUCUUCGAGGUGUCCCUCAAGCUGGAGGAGAAGGAGAAGGCGUACAACAACACCGAGGGGGAUGUCGGUGGACUCUCCAGGAGGGCUCUUCUACUAGAGGAAGAUGUUGAGAGGUCUGAAGAGAGGUUGGCAAAAGCAGUUUCUGAACUGGCAAAACAGUCACAAAGAGCUGACCAUGCUGUGAAGAAGAGAAUAUCCCUGGAGAAUGACAACAGCCACAAGGAGGAGGAUAUCGACAAGCUGGAGAACCAGCUCAAGGAGGACAAGUUUACCCUCUCAGAGUCGGAGAGGAAGUACGACGACAUCGCCCGAAAACUUUCAACAAAGGAGGAUGAGCUUGAACGAAGCAAUGAGCGCUGCACUAACGGAGAAAAGAAGAUCGUUGACCUAGAGGAGGAACUGAAGGUUGUCGGGCAGAACCUUCAGCAGCUUGAAGUUAGUGAGGAGAAAGCACUUCAAAGAGAAGAUAAUUAUCAAAGGCAAAUCCAAGAUUUAAUGGACAGAUUAAAGGGAAUAGAGUUGAAGGAGGAAAAUGCAAUAAUGAAUAUACAGAGACUAAAUAUUCUAUAAUCCAGGGAAUAGAGUUGAAGGAGGAUAAUGCAACAAUGAAUAUACAGAGACUAAAUAUUCUAUAAUCCAGGGAAUAGAGUUGAAGGAGGAUAAUGCAACAAUGAAUAUACAGAGACUAAAUAUUCUUUUAU